AUGAAAUCCCUUCAAGUGACCAUCCUUUGUCUUCUGUUCAGUCUUUAUAGCAGUAAAGAGGACACAGGUGUUAACAACACAAUCACUGGUGUAUCACCAUCAACUCGUGCAACAGAAAUAUCUGUAUCAACAUCAAGCAUAACACCAAAUCCUGUUUUGGAAUCAACAUCGGGAGCGUCUCCUAAAGGAACAGCAAAUAAGGAAUCCUUAAAUUCAUCUUUGCUGCCCACACUUUCUUCAUUAACUUCAACAAUUAAAGAUGAAGGAAACACAACCAGGGAUGUCAAGAAGAAUGAGUUCACCACUGCAAAUGCAACAGUGACAAAUCCUCCACUUUCCAACGCUGCUUCAACAUCACAGAGUUCCCAACACAAGACUGAGAAUCAGAGUUCAAUCAAAACAACAGAAACACCAGUUAACACUCUACAUCCAGAGACAUCACCUUCUAAUGCCAGUACAUUACCCUCAAUAUCAAUAACAAUUCCAGGAAACAUCUCCCAGUUUCAAGGUAUUAUUCUGCCAGUGGUCAUUGCUUUGAUUGUGGUGACCCUUUCAGCAUUUAUUCUUGUGGGUUUGUAUCGAAUGUGCUGGAAGACCGACCCAGGCACACCAGAAAAUGGAAAUGACCAACCUCAAUCCGAUAAAGAGAGUGUGAAGCUUCUCACUGUUAAGACAAUUUCUCAUGAGUCUGGUGAGCACUCUGCACAAGGAAAAACCAAGAACUGA